AUGGCCAGAAAGAAGUCAAACAAAACGAACAAAAGCGCUAUCAAAGUGGCACGAAGGUUGCUGGAAAGGGGAUUGGAGCACACAUGCCGCCACACUCCGCUGCACACCACGCGCUCCCGAUUGUGCCGCAUCGAGUGGCACCUGAGGAAAGUUCUGGAGACCCUAGGAUAUAAUAAAGGAGAUGAAGUGUAUCAGCGCACUCCCAAACGAGUGGCCAAAGCAUACAUCCUCGAACUCUUUUCGGGACUAGACUACGGUAGGUUCCCUAGAUGCAGUAAAUUUCCAAUUAUCAUUGGUAUUAACACUAGGCGGCGUAUUCGAGAUAUUCCAUUUACUUCAAUGUGCGAACAUCAUUUACUACCAUUUACCGGAACCAUUACGAUUGGAUAUAAGCCCCGGAAAUAUGUCAUCGGGUUGUCAAAGAUUCCUCGUGUGGCCCAGUUUUUUGCUUGCCGUCCGCAGAUGCAGGAACGGUUAACAUGUCAAAUUCUUGAAGCUUUAAGAGCCAUAACUCAUUCUAAAGAGGCCGGAAUUAAAAUUGAUGCGCAGCACACGUGUGUUUGUGCUCGUGGAAUUAAGUCGGAUAAUGUUACAACAACAUAUCAACUGAAACAUCUGAGUCCAAAUGGCUUGGCUAUGUUGUUCGACAAAUAA